GCCGGGGGGGCGCCGGGGCCGGGGGGCGGGGCUCCGGCCCGGCCCCGGCCCGCCCGAAGUCCAUGAGCGCGAACACCAUGAUCUUCAUGAUUCUGGGGGCGUCGAUCGUGAUGGCCAUCGCGUGCUUGAUGGACAUGAACGCACUGCUGGACCGAUUCCACAACUACAUCCUCCCGCACCUGCGGGGCGAGGACCGCGUCUGCCACUGCAACUGUGGCCGGCACCACAUCCACUACGUGAUCCCUUACGACGGGGACCAGUCGGUGGUGGACGCCUCCGAGAACUACUUCGUGACAGACAACGUCACCAAGCAGGAGAUCGACCUCAUGUUGGGGCUGCUGCUCGGCUUCUGCAUCAGCUGGUUCCUGGUGUGGAUGGACGGCGUCCUGCACUGCGCUGUGCGCGCCUGGAGGGCCGGCCGGCGCUACGACGGCUCGUGGACCUGGCUGCCCAAGCUUUGCAGCCUGCGGGAGCUGGGCCGGCGGCCGCACAGACCCUUCGAGGAGGCGGCCGGCAACAUGGUGCACGUGAAGCAGAAACUCUACCACAACGGCCACCCGAGCCCGCGGCACCUCUGA